CAGAAGGCUGCAACGAUGCCGUGGGAACGACCUGCUUCCGUGCCAUAUCCGAACGUUUGGUGGACCUUCGAAGCACCAGAUCCGGAUUGUGAGAAUGGUGCACUAGCGACGUAUCGGGUGGAAGAUUUGACCGAGGAUCGUUUCGAUGAUGUGAUGAAGCUGUAUACCGAGCACUUUCUGGAUGAUGAGCCCCUAUUAGGACACAGUGGAAUUCGACAGGAUGCCGAGACAUACGAGGAGAGUAGGAAGAUCUGGAAGCGUGCCUUCAGCCGGCGACUAACGGUCGUGUGCUAUAAGGAGGGAUCGAAAGAGCUAGUCGGUGCUAACCUACUGGGGAUGUCGUUGGCCGAUGAAAAGAAGGACUCAUCGAAUCUGAUAACAACAGAGAAAUCGAAGAAAAUUGUCGCAAUACAUAACUACAUGUCCGAAGUGGUGAACUUGUACGAGCGCUACGGUGUGGACAUGUAUCUGACCGCGUACGGUCUGAGUGUUAAUACGCGUUUCCGUGGUCUAGGGAUAGCCACGGAAAUCCUCAAAGCCCGUGUUCCGAUCUGCCGUGCCUUCGGAGUGAAACUCACGAGCACAAACUUUACGGCGAUUGGAUCACAGAAGGCGGCAGCAAAGGCUGGUUUCAAGACAGAUCUCGAAAUGCCCUACAAUGAAUUCGUCAAAGUCAACCCUAUAUACACGCUGGACGGCAUCAAGGGCAAAAGCCUGAAAAUGAUGAGUUUGGUAAUCGAUGAACAAUCAUAAUCACACCAGCGGAGAUUUUAUUGUGGCAUUUAGAUUCGUAGAAGUCUUGUUUAGCAAAAAUUGUUAGUUUAUAUCAAGUGAAUAAAUGCGAAUGCGUUCGAGAUUAUUUAUUAGGCGUUAUCUCAAU